GUGGUGGUGGUUUGGUUGUGGGGGUGGUGGGUGGCCCCUGUGAUGGCGGCGUCAGUGACAGUGUCCGUCUUGGCUCCCAAUGGCCGGAGACAGAACGUGCGGAUCGGGGCCAGCACCCCGCUCAUGCAGGUACUGGAGGAAGUUUGUAAGAAGCAAAACUUCAGUGCUGACGAUUAUGACCUCAAAUUCCAGAGGAGCAUUCUGGACCUGAGCAUGCAGGGACGUUUCGCCAACCUGCCGAACAAUGCCAAGCUGGAGAUGGUGCCGAGCUCACGGCAACGUUCCUCUGUCGAGGCGCAGGUGCGCAUUGCUCUGCAGGCGCCGGACGGGACGAGAAUGCAGCAUGGCUUCAUGACGAGCGCCACCCUGUGGGACGUUGUCACGAACUUCCCGCAGAGCAGGUUGGUUGUUGAGCAGCAAGGUGAAGGUUCGACCCCUGCCUGUGUGUUCACCCAUGACGAGUAUGUUGGAGAAGAGGUUCUGAAAAAGACCACGCUUAAAAGUCUGGGUAUAACGGGCGGCAGCGCCAUCAUCAGGUUCCUCGUCAAGAGGGAGCUGACCUCCUCGUCAAGAGGGGGCAGACCGAGCGACGGCGAGGGUCCCUCUCAGCUCCUUGCCGACCCUGGCGACCCCGGCGACCUCCAGCCGGAGCCACGAGGAGGGGGGUCUCCACGCCCCGGCACAUCCACGCAGAAAAACAACAACGUUGGCAACGACAAUGACGAUGGCGGCAACAGGACGCCUGUCGCCCCGUUCGUACCAUUUGGCGGCGGCGGUCAGCGGCUGGGGGGGUCGGACGGAGGAGCCGCCGGUGGUGGUGGUGGCGUCGUCGCCGCUCAACACCGGGUGGUCCCUUCUACGUCGGCCUCUGCCCAGGCUAGGGCGGCCACGGGCCCGACACAGGCCAAGAAAUACCGCGUCGACCGCGGGGAGGAGCAGGAGGUGGAUACGGUGAGCCAGGUCCAGCCGGCCGGGCUGUCGCAAGCGAGCCAGGACUUUUCAUCGGAGGAGCUUGCACGGCCCUGUGAGCGCCAGGUGCUGGUCUUCAACCCGUCGCUCGACGUCUCUCACGCUGGCGGCGCAGCCACUGGGGACGAGCUGCCUGACGAGUUUUUCGAGGUGACGGUGGAUGACGUGCGCAGGAGGAUGGAGCAGCUGAAGAGGGAGAGGAUCAAGAUGGAGGAAGCUCCCCUUACCACCCAGGCACUCAGAGAGUCGCAGGAGCUGGAAAAGAUGAAACGCUACCCGCAGGUCGUUAUCCGAGUGCAGUUCCCCGACCGAAACAUCCUGCAAGCGGUCUUCAGGCCAAAUGAACCAGUGUGUGCGCUGGUGGAGUUGGUGAGGUCGUGCCUUGAGGAGCCAGCCCCGCCCUUCUACCUGUACACUGCCCCUCCGAAGCGAGUGCUGGAUGCUCCCACACAGACUCUCUUCAAGGCAAACCUCUUUCCCACCUCCCUCGUUCAUUUUGGCUGCACGGUGAAGAGAGAUCACUACCUCAAGCUGGCUAUCCUAGAGGCCACGGAACCACAGGUCCAUGCUGAUGCCAUCCUCUGCAGUGUCCUUCCCAAGACUCCAGUCCCCGGCGCAGCGGCCUCAGCGGCCGUCAUGUAUCCAAUUCCCGACUCCUGCGAGGCCUGCGAUGAUGACCCAGACCCAGAACCCGUGGCCGGGCCGAGCCACGAAGCCUCCAGGCCAACUGCCACCGUUCCCAAGUGGCUAAAGCUGCCAGGAAAGAGGUGAGCAGACCUCCGCCAAGUCGGUGUUUUAAAAGGAACGCCGUUUGGGGAAUCGUCACAGAGUUUUCGCGCGACGGGUGUUUGCCGAACCGCCGUGUAAAUUGCACUGCGGGUCGUCUCGCUUAAAAACAAAACGCGAACGAUGCACUCUUAAACGCGAGCGUAACGACCGAGGUCUGUUGCGUACUUUUCUUCCCGCACUGGAAAUCCGAAUUGUUUGUCGAUGUUUGUAAUAAAGGACACGUUCUGGUGGCGGCCGUG